UGGAUAGUGUGUAUGCCUUCCUAGAGUGUACACCUCCGAUCACUAUUCCGACGUAUGCGGUACGUUUUAUUAGGCCGCGUAUGGUACAACAACUAAGCUGGAUUUUUGUAUCAAAUGGAGCCCAAGGCUGUUUCUAUUCAUUCGUGAGUGUGCUGCUUUGCUGAUUGGCCUGGCGUAGUCCAUACCAAAUCGUUUAAUCCAUGUCACCGACUUCAUUCCAAAUGGCGAACUUACUGAUGUGAAGAGAUUGCCGCAUGGACAUGGCCUCGCUGAUAGAACUGCUCGGCUCCGAGAUAACCGCCGAUGUGUUGACUAUUGUUAUCAUGAUGAACUUCCGUUUGUUUUCAUGCAAUGAAUAGGUCACCUGUCAUCCCGGAUAAACCACGAUCUGUCAAAAGAUUUCGCCUGGAAUGGUCUCGUACAGGCUGGGGAUAAUGGGUGGGCCUCACAUGUGUGAAAUAUAUCUGAAAUAUAUCCUGCGAUAACUGUUGUGAGUUGUACCUGCUCACUAUACAUGCUACUUAACACUCACUGGACGAGAUAACGACUCGAGAUGUCUAGCAGUGUGGACUCAGAGCAAUCGCCUCCAGCGUAUGCUAUCGCCGUCGAUUCUGGAAGCUCACAGAUUGGCUCCCCGCCUCCCUCAUAUUCCGCACCGAAGUCCUACAAGAUUGGCUCACGCACUCUGGGAUCACCGCUGGUCGACAUCAACCAACUGAAGGCGCAUCUCGCGUUAUUGCAUGCGUUCAAGUUGCUAAGGGCUGACAUCCAAAGCAAGUCGGCUGAAGAACUGGAAUUACCGGCUGUUGUGGACCGACUCGGUGAGAACGAACGAUGGGCAUGGUUUGUUGGAUUAGCUUUGGAGAGAUUCCAACGGUGGGUUGAAACGGUCAAGUACUCGUCAGAGAUUUCGGAGUGGAUAGAGCAAGAACUCCCUCCACUGGAUGUCUUAAUGGUCUGGCACGCAUAUUUGUUGAAUCCUAUUUGGUAUCACGAAGAUUGCAAGCGUCUUCCCGCAUUAAAGGUCUUAAGUGAUCUGAAGGAUCAUCUUCUGAGCGCGAUUGUACACCUUGGUGACAUCAAAUGCUAUGUACCAUCGGCAGAACGAAUCUCCAGCUGGCAUAAGCAGACAGGGACAUAUUUCGAUCCUCUGCAGUCUGCUUCAUAUAUGUCCCAUCACGACGUGGAAUGUCCGUAUUGUUGGAAGCUCAUUACAGCUCCAUUGAUCACUGAAAAAGAUACGGGUUACUUACAAACCAAAUUUGCAAUCAGUUGUCCAUCCUGCCGGAACCAUAUUACGAAAGAAACUCUUGCGAUAAGCAAAUUUGCCAAUGACCUUGUGAUGGCAGUCGAUCCUGAAGGAGCGCCGUUCAAGCAUGGCAAGCAGGGAUAUCUAGCUGGGAGUGUCUCUACCUCAGCCGAUCCAUUCAAUGCCCAUGCUGCGGCUCUUGUGAAGAACGCAUUACUAACUAACGAGUUGUUAUUUUCAACAACUAUGCCGGCGGCAAGUAGUUUACAUGAAAGGCGCAUCAAAUUCCUCGAACGGACCGAUAGCUCUAUAUCAAUCUUACACCAUGAAGUCGCCGCUUGCGUCCGUAUCCCACGGAGACGUAAUCGAAUUCUCAGCGCGUACAUUGAUGAUCGGCCAUUCUCCAUAGAAUUGGUAUCUGCUGUCCUCCGGCAGGGGUCUUUCAUCGACAAGAUGCAUGACUUUGCCUGGACUGAGCCUGGCUACUUUGACGAUGCUGUGGAUGAAGUAGUCCUGAUUCGCGCCAUUGCACGUUAUCACGCUUUCUUGGACCUGAUGAGCUCUUCCCCAACUGCUUUGUUUGUGCCAACGUUAGAUAUCGAUCUAGCUUGGCACACGCACCAAAUGAUGGGGGGCAGAUAUAGUGAGCAAUGCGUGAAGUUCCUCGGAAAACUUGUAGAACAUGACGACAAGAUCGAGGAGAACUUUCUCGCUAACGCUUUUGACAUUACAUGUAGGGCAUGGCAGGAACGGUUCAACGUUCCAUAUAUGCAUUGCGGUUGUCCUCUGCCAGGUGACACAAUCGGGCAAAAGCUCACCAAGAUAACCAGAAAGCUCAGCAUAUCCCGUUCGAAUGAUUUAACUAGAGCCUCCCUACAUCCUCCUAAUCACACAGACGCGCUCUCUGCGACGCACCCCAGUGAACACAACGCAAUCGAGCUGAACAGCCCCUCAGCAACUGCCGCGCAUAAGGCUCGCUUACUGAAGUUGGAACAAGGACGAGAACGAGAUGCCAAGAGGGUCGAACAAGGGAAGAUGGACAAAGAAGCUUUCGAUCGACGGGCAGCUCACGAUGCCGCAUUUUUACACCCUGUGCCGUUCUACUAUCCUCCGGUAAUCGGUUGCGCAGCCUAUUCAUCUGGUAUCGGGAAUGCGGGAGUUGGAGGUGCUUGUGCGGUAGUGAGUUUUAUCUGGUGUCAAAUUUUAUCUGGUAUUGAAUCAUUUGCAGGGGGCCGGUGCGUGCAGCGGAGGGGGUUGUUCAAGUGGUGGAUGUGGAAGUGAAGGCAGUUGUGGAGGCGGUUGUGGAGGUGGAGGUGGAUGCGGAGGUGGGGGUUGUGGUGGCGGAGGUGAAAGCGUGGAUAGUUGAGCACGGUGGUUGUUUUUUUACAUUUGUUGUGAUAUUUGUGGAGAUUCUAUUCCGGCUUCUUUUCAUAUGCGUAAAAAUUAUUCUAUUUUCUAUAAUCGAAUGGUGUGGCGCAAUAAUGCGAGUGUUGCAUCAAACCGAAUGCCAACGGCGAUACUUACUAAAUAAGGCUCGACAUCGAAGUAUGCUGACAGUGAGCCUAAAGCUGCCGUUGUUCGGUUCAGGUCCGGUUCGGGCACUUUUUCAUUGAACCUGAACCCGAACUUAACCAAAUUUUGGGCAAUUCAGU